CUCGAUCAGAUGUGCACAAAUGAAUGCAAGGCCUCAAUCGCCUCGUACCGUGAGGCUGUGGAAAAGGCUUGCGCAGAUGACCAAUAUGACGACAGGGGAAAUUCCACCAGCAUCACUGCAAGCUCCGGAGUGUAUCGCCCCAUUGUCCUGCCAGAUUACUAUGUGACAAACUACAACCAGCGGUGUUUGAAAGAUAAUGAUGGCGAAUAUUGCUUGUUCCACUUGCAAUCGACAGAUACGCAGGAUGAGUGUGAUAUAUGUGGGCUCCGAAUGUUUCAAACUGAGAUAAGUAACGGCUACUUCUAUUAUGACGAUCUAGCCGAGCAGUACACCUCGUUGACGUCGAGUUGUGGUGUCUCAACCCUGGAUCUUCCCACAUCUACCUCAGUGGUCGUGAAAAGGCACGCCGCGCUUUAUUCAUUGCAUCUCUCCCCCUCUACGUGCAGUUCUAACUUUCUCAGCUCCUCGUCACCCAGCGCGACCCCAACCGCGUGUUCCGAUCGGAGCGCUGUCAUCCAGCCUGGUGACACCUGCGAUACAUUUGCCGCUACAAACAAUGUGAGCACCUGGCGGAUGCUACUUGAAAAUGGUCUGCAGAGUGGCUGCGUCGAUACUCCUAGCAAUGGAACGCUCUGUGUCACUGGCCAUUGUCAGACACAUCUAGCAACUGCCAACGAUAGCUGCAUGAGCUUGGCUCGGCAAUACGGCAUAAGUAUCACUCAAUUCAUUACCUGGAGCUCGGUUCUGAAUUCUCUGUGUAGCAAUUUCGAUGUUCUUGUCGGCCAUUACGUCUGCGUAAGCUACCCUGGCAACGCAACCUCCCAAGACAACCCUUAUGCCACCAGUGCUGUAGGAGCUACAGCAAGCAUAGCGGCUCCCAUACCCACUGAUGUGGCUCCGGGAACCAAUACAAACUGUGGGAAGUAUUACCGUCGAUCCUGUGGGGAAGAUGCUAAUCUCGCCAAAGACAAUGAUUACUGUCAAGCCAUUGCGAUGGCACAAGGCAUUGCUUUAUCUGACUUCUAUUUCCUCAAUCCGGAGGUUGAUGCAAACUGCACCAAUAUGUGGUCUAAUUACAGCUAUUGUAAUAUCGAAACUUACUCCGGCUAUGGGGGUACCACUGGAACAGCUGCAGUUUCAGCAACAAGUACAGCACCCUGGUGGGCUAAACUAACAGGAACUCGCGUCGCCUGGGAUGAUCUUCCUCUGGCGACCAAUCUAACAUCAUGGGUCCCCAUUGUGACCCCUAUCACCGCUCCCUUGGUUCCUAACACGCGACUGGACUGUGAUAUAUAUGAAGACAACGUCUACGGACAAAUCCCGAGCCUCUGGCUGGUUGCUGGGGUAUCGAUACUAGACUUUGCCAGUUGGAAUCCAUCAGUAGAGUGGUUUAACUGUACCCUGACAAACAACACCCGUUAUUGCACCUUACUGGGACCAGGAUAUGACUUGACCAAGCUGCCGGAUGUCCCAGAAAGUUCUUAUUAUGCGGAUGUCCCAUCGAAUGCAGCAUCGAACUCCACCCACAACUGUUAUCGAUGGUAUACAACACCGUCUACAGGUCUGUUUCUCUCUUGUUCGAGUACUGCCAUAGCAAGGUCACCUUCAACUUAUUACUGUUUGGCCAUGAAUAGGAACUACGUGUGA